AUGGCCAAGGACUUUACAGCUGUGACCGGUGGUCCAAACAAUGUUGUGCAUUGUUCGAGAUCUGGUGACUGGAGGAGCAGGAUGGUUAGCAUCCAAAACCAGAACGCUGGUCACCAAUGGAAUGCUUCCUGUGAAGAUGUAACUUCUUUAACGCCUCUUCCUCCGGUCGCUUCGGCGGCCCAAAAGGUCCAAAAGGCGUCUCGAAACAAAUCUGGAACACUGACAACGGAAAUACAACGUAUUGUGAAGAACCGGAUCCCGAAAGGAGCCAUUCCCAGCAGCCCGUCCAAACCAAUGACAAGAGGGGGGCCCCUCACGGCAGAACCAAGUUCUGCACUGCCUCGAAUUUCCGAAGCGUCUGUAACAUUGGCCUCUGAAGAGUCCGCCGCCCUCUACGAUUUACUACAAAAGGAGGUCAUCAACCAUCAAUACUGGGUGUUGGAAGGGAACCGAGGAAAGCUUGAUUUCUGCGCCCAGAGACAGGCGGGCGACAUCGAGUUUGACAUCGAGGUGAAUUGGCGGGAUAAUCCAAUCCAAAUGAAAUGGAGUAGGAGCACCAGCAGACUAGAUCCAACUCAACGUCUGGCUGUUUUCGAUGCAACUUAUAAGAGGGGAGAUCAGUACGUCAAAAAAUAUUGGCAGGCACUUCGCAAGCACCUCAAUCGUGAUCCGCAGGUCAAGGUGACCUUCCAAUUCCGUGAGGCGAGAAAUGUGAGUGAUCGUUCCGCCACUCAGGCCAUGAAAUGGGUGUGCAUCUUGCAUCAGACGCCGGUGGUGGCUUAG